GCAGCAUCCUGCUGCGUGGGAACCAGGUUGAAGGAAGUCCAGUGAGGAGGGGUUCAGUGAAAUAAAGGGGCAGGCCUGACUGCUGGAAGAACAACAGGUAUGCAGGAAAGAUCUGCAAAUCAGGAGGAAGGCCCUUACCAAGAACUUGACCAUGCUGUCACCCUGAUCUUGGACUUCUAGCCUCCAGAACGCGUGGAAGGAUGCUGGGCUCCCACUCUCCACCCCAAGCAACGAAGCCUGCAAGAUGUUCGAUGCAACCCUGACCCAGUAUGUAAAGUGGACCAAUGACAAGAGUCUCGGGGGCAUUGAGGGCUCCCUGUCAAAGCUCAAAGCAGCAGAUCCGACCUUCGUGAUGGGCCACGCCAUCUCUAACGGCCUCGUGCUGAUUGGCACCGGGAGCUCCGUGAGGCUGGACAGAGAGCUGGACCUGGCUGUGAAGACAAUGGUGAAGAUUUCGAAAACGCAGCCCCUGACGCGGCGGGAGCAGCUGCACGUGUCUGCGGUAGAGACCUUUGCCGAGGGGAACUUUCCGAAAGCCUGUGAACUGUGGGAACAGAUUCUCCGGGACCACCCAACAGACAUGUUGGCCCUGAAAUUCUCCCACGAUGCCUACUUUUACUUGGGCUACCAGGAGCAGAUGCGCGAUUCUGUUGCUCGAAUUUACCCCUUCUGGACACCUGACGUCCCCCUUAGCAACUACGUGAAAGGCAUCUAUUCCUUUGGAUUGAUGGAAACCAACUUCUACGAUCAGGCAGAAAAACUCGCCAAAGAGGCCUUGGCCAUUAACCCGACAGACGCGUGGUCGGUGCACACCGUCGCCCACAUCCACGAGAUGAAGGCAGAGCUCAAGGAGGGGCUGGAGUUCAUGCAGCGCUCAGAGAACCACUGGAAGGACUCUGACAUGCUUGCUUGUCAUAAUUAUUGGCACUGGGCUUUAUAUCUGAUCGAAAAGGGCGAAUACGAGGCCGCGCUGACCGUUUUUGAUAACCACAUCCUGCCCAGCCUGCGGGCCAGCGGUACAAUGCUGGACGUGGUGGACAGCUGCUCCAUGCUCUACCGCCUGCAGAUGGAAGGGGUGUCUGUGGGCCAGCGGUGGCAAGACGUCCUGCCCGUGACCCGGAAGCACAGCCAAGACCAUGUCCUGCUAUUCAAUGACGCCCACUUCCUGAUGGCGUCCCUGGGCGCACGGGAUUCCCAGACCACACGGGAGCUGUUGACCACCCUGCGGGACGCCAGCGAAUCCCCAGGGGAGAACUGUCAGCACGUCCUGGCUCGAGACGUGGGGUUGCCCCUGUGUCAGGCCCUGGUGGAGGCUGAGGAUGGGAACCCCGACCGCGUCGUGGAACUGCUCCUGCCCAUCCGCUACCGGAUCGUCCAGAUCGGAGGCAGCAACGCGCAGAGAGAUGUCUUCAACCAGUUACUGAUUCACGCGGCCUUGAACUGCACCUCCAGCGUCCAUAAGAACGUGGCCCGGAGCCUUCUGAUGGAGCGGGACGCCUUGAAGCCUAACUCGCCCCUGACUGAGCGGCUCAUCCGCAAGGCGGCCACUGUCCACCUCAUGCAGUGAGCCGGACCGGCUGCCUCUACCCUGCAGAACCCCUGCCGUGGCCUCCCCAGCUCCGCUCGGCUGCUGCACUGGGUUAGGGGCAGGAAACAGCCAGAGCCUGUUCGUGAGGCUGUUAGACGGGGGUCUCCAGCCUUAAGCAGAAAGCCCUGAAAACCAACAUUUUUACGGGGAGUGGGGUCACAAAUUCAUUUUAAAUAUGAUUCAGGAUCCUCUAGUGCUUGUUGGGGGCCAAUGUGCAUUUUUAAGCAGUCAGAGCCAGUGGAGGAGCUGGUCUUUCCACUUGCCUCGCAAACUGUUUUCCCAGAGAAACAUUUCUACUUCCUGUCAUUCAGAGGUUGGAGGGCAGGGCACGGCUGGGGCAGACCCAGCUGGAGGAGGGUCUUCCAGACAAGGCCAUGGAGGCAGCCUCCCCACCAGGAUGCCCCCACUGCCCUCCUUACAGAUGAACAAGCACUGCCCUUUCUGCUGCCUCUGAGGGAAGUCUUCGAGCCUCCCUGGGGGCUUUGGUGGUGCUGAUCUGGACUUGUUUCUCUUUUUAAAUUGCACACUGUAAGGAGGCCUCGGGUACAUGCUUUGGUCAACUAUGAUUUUAAUCACAUGAAUUGAAUGUAUGUGCAUUUCUGGGGUGUGAGGAUUGAGCUCAGGGCUGCUCUGCUGUGGCAAAAACCAAAGUACUAUGACAUGUGGCUAUAACAGGAUUUGAGCUGGUCUUA